CUCACCCGAUCCCCUUUUGGUGCCUUUCUGGAUCUUGCUGCCGCACCUCUGUACAAUACCCUAGGACUAGGUUGGGGGAAUAGUCUGCUGGUCUUUGUCACGCUGUCGUUCAUGCCAGUGCCGUGGCUGUUUUACCGCUACGGAGAAGCUUUGAGGGCUCGCUUUGCUGUUGACAAGUACAUGUAG